CCUAUUCCUGACUCCACGGAUCCCGUUAUAUCGGGUCCUGAAGGGAUGACCAAGAGGGACUACAUUCGUUUAGCCGCAGUACCACCAUAUCCUGAUGGGGUUGAGCCGCCUCGCUGUCUUACUGCCUGGCGGACACCUUCACCGCCAUUGGUUUUGCGGCCAUCUGAGCGUUGUCUUCAUUUUUCUGAACCUACGGUUACUUCAGUGGUACCAAGCGCCCUUCAACUUUCAGCCUCUCAACCUUUAUGCAAACGACCUACUUCACCAUUCGAAUGCUACCAAGAACGGUUCAUUCACUCAGAUAAUUUGAUGAAGAGAAUUGGUGAUGAAGAAGAUAAAGUCGAAGAAAGUCCUGGAUAUGGGGCUAAAAUUAGUGAGAACCUUUCAACAGUCUCGGGGACCCCGCCAACUCCCGGCUUUCAUCCACGUUGGCCCGUUGCAAAGGCAUUUAAGGAAGUUGUCUGGGCUUUAAGGUCACGUACCGUUCCUGCAAAACUACACGGAAUGCUUGAAACAUUGGAGACUGCCCCCCAUGGUCAAAUGGCUAGUGUAGAUGAAAAAACCUUAUCCUAG